AAUCGAUAACAAACGUGAGGCUCCGGCAGAGUAGAACAGAGCCAGAACCACGUAUUUAUUUCAAUGAGUAGCGAACUAAAACUAUGUUUGUUUAAUUAAAACUACAACGUCCGAAAGAGGAUUUAACUGCAAACGUGGGUUAUGUUUGCUACCAAUAAGGACGAUAACAACAACAACAGGUUUAGGAGCAGGAGCAUAUACAUCCAAAAGCAUCAUAAUGCAUGAAAUAAUUUGUAUGCUGAUCGGCCGACUGCUGCUGCUCUUGGUGGCCGCGUAUGAGCUAAUAUGGCGACUGCGCCAGCGUCUACAUGCACUUGUAUUUUGGUCAUAUGACUAUUGGCGUAGCACAGCCGCGCGUGAGCGGGCGGAGCGGGCGGUGUUAGAGCGCUGCCGCUUUGAGUGCACAAAGUUGCCAAAACAUUUGGUGCUCGUGAUAGCUCCAAACGAAGCUUAUGUCGAUGCUGUUCUCCUAACGCGUCUUUUUGGAUUUGCUUUGAAAGUUGGUAUCCAGCAUGUGAGUGUGUAUGAUAGGCGGGAACAGGACAAAGGUUACGUAGACUUGGCUGCCGUGGGAGAAAUGCAAGCAGAUGGGCGUUUUACAUGGCCUCCAAUUAAAGUUCCAAAGAAGGAAGAAAAUGGUUAUAAACUAAAUGGCAACGGCUACACAAAUGGUGGGACGCCGCACUUCGAACAGCUAAAGCUCUAUCAAAUAAAGGCUAACGACGGGCAUGCCCUGAUAGCUGAUGUUUGCCGUGAGCUCUAUCAACAGCGAAAGACGGAAUUCGUGCAAAACCUAUUGCAGGAUCAGCGUCGGGAAGCGAUCACCGAACAAAUCAGUGAAAUGUUAGGCAAACGUUUGGGUUUUGUGGUUCCAGAACCGGAAUUAGGUUUGAUAUUUGCUCGUCAAACAUGCACGUAUGGCCUUUUGCCUUGGCAUGUACGUUUCACCGAGUUCCAUACGCAUCCCAGUGGACGUUAUUUUGAUGUUCACUCAUUUACCCAGUUGCUGUACAAAUAUUCUCGCUGUGAGCAACGUUGGGGCAAAUGAAACGCCUCCUGUGUACAAUAUUGAUUAGUUACUUUUUUCCUAUCUGUAAAAAUUCAUGCUAAGUAAGUAAGAAUAAACGAAAUGUAUUUCCGAUAUUUAAAAAA